AGAUUUUGUUACGCUAAAAUAAGACAUAGGGCAUUAGGAUAUACCCAAAAUGCAAAAUUCCCCAGUUGUAUCGCGUUUACCGCAAAAAAUGGGCGGCAAGAGAAACCCACAAAAACUGGCUGGGGCUGAAGUUGCCAAGUUGAAUGACGCCGCCAACAAUGAAACCAGCAAGAAUGAUGAAGCAACCAAGGCUCAGCCUCUUCCGUCAAGGCUGCCACUGCCCAGAAAAAUGGCUGAUGAGCCAUCAAAGAACAACAAUAAUAAUAAUUACAAUAAUAAAUUGAUGACCGCUGCUGCAGCACCACCGACACCGUCACCGACACCAGAAGAUCGCUUGACGAGAGUUGCCUCAACGACGAGCAUGACUUCGCGCCGCUCCAUGGAUGGAGGCGACUCUGAGGAUGUGGCGCCAAAGUUGAGGACUAAGUUCACCCAGCCACGCUUAAAUCAGCUGACUAAACAGCGUCUGCAACACAAUUAUUCUUGCAUUGCUAACAAGAAGUGGAGCUUCCCACCCUUGCCGCCCAUUAAGAGAAAAGUGCCCAUGAAGAGAAGCUCGACCUUUGCCAAUGCAACAGAAGCGCAACAGAAAAAUUUGCUGGAAAUAUCCACUCCACAGACUCUGGAGGCGCUCCAAAAGCAGCUGGAGGACGUUCAGUCGCAAUUUCUACAGAGAACAUCCAGCUGUCGUCAGCAGGGCCAGGAAUGCACCUACAAGCUGGUUACCAUUGUGCAUGCGGACAAUUGCAAGCUGCUGUUGCAUCCUGAUGACCUCCUUGAAUUGCCCAAGAACAUACCUGCCAAGUCGGCAAAUGACUUCAAGCAUCUCUGUCAUGAGUUCUUUGAGUCCACCUUGAAGUCUAUUUCGGAACAGAUAAUGAACUUGGAGCUGUUCAAGGAUGAUAUAACAGGAGCCGCUGUUUGCGAGACUCUGCGCGUCACGUUGCAAGAGGAGCUGAAUGACAAAUUGCUGGCCGUUGACGCUGAGAUUAUGAGAAUGUGUAGUGGUGCCCCCGAAAAAAUAGAUGUUGGCAAUAAGAAUAGUGAGCUGCAUCGCCCCAACAGCCAUCUGCAGUUGGAGAAUGAAAACAAGCAGCUCAAGAAACAAUUGGAGGCAUCGGAGGAGAAGCGGGGCGAUCUAGUUUCUCAACUGACCCAAACAAAUAUAUUACUAAAGGACAAAAUCGAUAUCAUAGCUGAUCAGCAGACAAACAUGAACCAGCUGGAGCAAACCAAGGCUGGCAUGGAGCAGCUGAUGAAGGCGAGCAUCGAGGAGCUGGAACAAUCUCGAGAAGCCUACAGCAGACAGGAGGAACAAUUGAGGUAUCACCCGUUCUUGAAGAAGAAAUGUGAAGAGCUGGCCGCGAAGAUAGCCGAGAAAGAUCGUCAGUUGACCGAGAGAUAUGAGCUGAUAACGGAGAGGGAUCUUCUGCUGGCCAAGCAGGAGCAACAACUGCAAGAUCUGGAGAAUUCACUGCUGCUGGAAGCGGAUAACACAAUGAAAACUCAGAUUAUCGCCAUGCAAGCGGAGCUGGCAAGCAAAGAGACUCUGCUGAGGGCCCAGGAGGAAGUGCAGCUAAAGUUGCGCAGCGAAGUGAGCAAAAAGCAGGAGCAACUAAGCCAAGCAGAGUUAAGGCUAUGUCGCAACGAGCAGAAGCGGGAAUACGAACUCCAGGUGCUGACCACAAGGGCCGAGCGGAUCAGUUCCCUCGACAGAGAGUUGAAGGAGCGCGAACUGGAGAACCGACGUAUCCUUACCGAUAAAAACACGGUGAUUACCCAGAUUACCAACGAGUUGGCCGCCAAAAAUGAACAAUGCCAGAACUUGAGCAACACCCUUACCACCAAUCUGUCCACGCUGCACUGCCAGAAGCAUGAAAUCAAGCUGCUGGAGGAGAGCAAUGAGCGCAACCGGAUGCUCAACACCAAACUGUGCGAAAAGAAUGUCAUCCUCAAGGAACAACUUGACCAACUGCGUCGCACUGCUAGCACGUAUGUCAAAAUACUGACUGGCAAUGGUGGCAAGAAUAUCUUUGAGCCAGUGUCAGCUGAGGAGGCCUUGAGACUUCGCUCGAAGCGUCACAAAUAAUUGAAGGGGGAAGAAGCGCAAUUACAACUGGAAUAAUAACAUGUUUAUAGCAAGACUUGUCGACAGUUACUAUUAGAGUUAUAUAUGUUGUACAUUUAAUCAUUAGUUCCACUAGCUCAUUGUGUAUCAAAAUUAUUGUCAAUGUAAACUAAAAUGCAUUCUUUUUUUUUAUA